AUGACGAAGCAAGCGGAUCCAAAUUUUAACAGCGCAGCGAACGAUCUUCUUGCUAUCGUACCGCUGUUAUCCUACGAGGGAAGAGUGAUUUCAGCAAAAAGUGAAGAAUUCACUGUCUUGCAGUAUCGGGGACUUGAACUCACAAAUGGCCUCCGGGUACUACUGGUAUCGGAUCCCACUACAGAUAAAUCUGCCGCUGCAAUGGAUGUUAAUGUCGGAAGUCCUAAUGGAUCCAUGGGAGUUGCAAGGGCUGGCACACUUCUGCGAGCACAUGCUGGUUUCUUGGUACUGAUAAAUAUCCGAAAGGAGAACGAAUUCUUGAGUCACCCAUUGAGCACCAUGGUGGACGCCGCUAAACAGUCUGUGGCUUGGGGGUUGCGUCUCGAUAUUAUUUUUAUUUCCGAGAACGGUGGAACGUAUAACGCUACCACAGACGCCGACCACACAAAUUACCACUUCGACAUAAAGCCGGACGAAUUGAAGUUUAUUUCCGAGAACGGUGGAACGUAUAACGCUACCACAGACGCCGACCACACAAAUUACCACUUCGACAUAAAGCCGGACGAAUUGAAGGUCAGCGAGUCGCUCCAUUCCUUGGAUAUUUCUGCAGAAACCGGUCCUAUUGAGCGGUUCUGUCAACGGAACACUGCAAAAAUCAAUUUUGAACUGUUUGCGUUUCACCGCACAUGA